AUGCCACAUAUUACGGUGAGACCGUGGGAGGGUGAGCAGCGUGGCCCGCAGGCACUGAGAAGACAUGUUCGUCGCACCGGCUACGAUGACAGACACAUCUUCAGCAUGGCCGCGAGCGAUACCGACCAGACACGCUUCUCAUUUUACACAACCUGGAAUCAUCAAGCACCUCUGUGGGUAGUGACCAUUCUAUCGCUCAUCUAUUCUAUGAUCUUUCUUCUCGCCCGCCUCGCAGCCAAGUACAAGUCGCUGGGAUCCGACGAUGCUCUCCUUGGUCUUGCCUAUCUUGUUAGUCUGGCACAAUGGUCGGCCGUCUUUCAGGCUUUGAAUCUGGGUGCUGGGAAACUCGAGAGUACGCUGUCUCUCCAGCACAACCAAUCUGCCCACCGAGCCUCAGCAAGUGUUCGGUAA